AUGCCCAUACUUAGGAAAUCAAUAUCCUAUGGUGUCUUUUUGGCCCAUUAUCUGGGCACAGAUACAUUUCCGGGGGCAUCAGACCUCGACUUUGCGUUUGUCGGAGGUCUUUCCCUCAGCAUGGCCCAAUUCAUCGCGCCGGUCGCAACAAUCACGACUCGAGUAUGGGGGACAAGGGCUACCUUGAUGAUCGGAAUUACAUUGCAGACCGCGGCAUUAUUAGGAGCCUCGUGGGCGAGCCAGAUUUAUCAGGCUCUAUAUUUCGGAUUUGGGAUGGGAAUGCAAUUUAGUGCUACUAUUGGUAUCAUCCCUCAAUGGUUCACCCGCCGACGUUCCCUUGCAAAUGGUAUUGCAACGGCGGGAUCGGGGAUCGGAGGCCUCAUCUAUUCGUUAGUUACAAGUGCCAUGAUUCAGAGAUGGGGUAUUAGCUGGGCUUUCCGGGUCCUGGCUAUUGUCUCCGCUGCUGCGUGCGGCUUCUCUGCUGUCAUUGUGAGGGAUCGGAACAAGGCCAUUGGAGCUAUUCAAAUCGCCUUCCAUACCGAGCUUUUAAAAAGACCAGAGUUUCUACUCACUUUGGCCUAG